CUAGAUUCAUCCAAAGCUGCGUCUUAACAGCGAUACUCGUCGAAGCAAAGAGAAAACCCGAUAACGAGGUCCAAGAAAUCGGAGCUCCGAAGACGGUCACGCUUACCCUUCGUCUUCCUCCUGUUAUCAGAUUCUCCUCCGACCCCAAUUGAACCUCAGAUUUCAAGCGCUUGGACAAAAAUGAGCUUUGGAAUCAUACAUAGGGAUGUGUAUGGGGAGUGGGAGAGUUCAGGGUGGAGUUUUGGGUAUUUAUGUAUACUUGGAUGUUGUUGCUCACUCUCUGAAGAGUAUCAUCUGCAAAAAUUUUAGACAGGAUGAGGAGACCAAAUUUUAGUUCAAAAAAUAUAUAUAUUUAGCUUUGGAGCAUAUGAGAAUGGAGCUUGUGGAGCACUGCUCAACUCAAGGAUUGCUCUCUUGGUUUGCUCAAAUGAGUGGCCGUUUCUCUCGGACAAUCUAUGUGGGAAACCUUCCCCUAGACAUCAGAGAAUGGGAAAUUGAAGAUUUGUUCUAUAAGUACGGACGUAUUCAGGAUAUUGAAUUGAAGAUUCCACCUCGUCCCCCGGGCUAUUGUUUUGUUGAGUUUGAAAAUUCUAGAGAUGCAGAAGAUGCCAUUAGGGGUAGAGAUGGCUACAACUUUGAUGGUUGUCGACUGAGGGUUGAGCUUGCUCAUGGUGGUAGAGGGCCAUCAUCUUCAGUUGAUCGGCGUGGUGGCUAUGGGGGCAGGAGUUCAUCACGUUAUGGGAUUUCUAAGCAUUCUGAAUAUCGAGUUAUUGUUACUGGCCUUCCUUCUUCGGCUUCUUGGCAAGAUUUGAAAGAUCACAUGCGCAAAGCUGGUGAUGUUUGCUUUGCUGAGGUUUCCACUGAUAGGGAAGGAACAUUUGGCUUGGUUGAUUAUACAAAUUAUGAUGAUAUGAAAUAUGCUAUUAGGAAACUUGAUGAUAGCGUGUUCAAAAAUCCUUGGACUAGCACUUAUAUCCGGGUAAGAGAGUACAAGAGCAGUCCAUCCAGAAGCCACAGCAGAAGCAGGAGCAGAAGCAGAAGUCCUAGGAGGAGCAGGAGCAAAUCAGCAGGUAGGUCUGUUUCCAGAUCACCACCGCCACGGUCUAGAUCUGCAUCACCUGUCAAGUCAUCUAGACCUCUGUCAAAGUCAAGGUCCAGAUCGAGGUCAAAAUCAAGAUCAAAGUCAGCAUCCCCGCGCCGGGCACGAUCAAACAGCGGUUAAUGUAGUAAUUUAAUUUGGCCCCGACACCUCAAAGCUGCUUCAGUGUAAGCAUAUAGAAAUACAGGGGUUAGCCUUGUCCAGUGAACUAGAGCUUAUUGCUAUAUGCCUGGGUUUUCUUUUGGGGGUCUUGUCGGUCUAAUUGGUUCCUUUUAUAUAUUCAUGAUAGUUGGGUAACCCUUUUGUGUUUUAGUAUUUUAUGGAUGUUGAGCUUUUAAGAACUUUUGGGAUGGUGUGUCAGAGGAUUGAGUUGAUGUUAUUUAUUCCAUUUCACUAGUUGAAAAAUGAAUUUUAGCUUAUUUUGAGAUUUCCAGUCUUGUUAUUACUA